UAUUCCGCCUCUCUCUCUCUCGCCAUCACCCUCCUUUACCACACUUCUAGGUGCUUUAUAAUGCUGUGGUACUGUCUGUGUGUUAGCGUCAUGUCUAUGUGAAACAUGUGCGUGCUGUAUGUGUGUGUGAGAUAUGAUGACCUAGUGACAGGUCCUUUACAUGUUCUUUAAUAAUAAUACAUUAUUUUACCUUUAUUUAACUCGGCAAGUCAGUUAAGAACAAAUUCUUAUUUUCAAUGACAGCCUAGGAACAGUGGGUUAACCGCCUUGUUCAGGGGCAAAAGGACAGAUUUUUACCUUGUCAGCUCGGGGAUUCGAUCGUGCAACCUUUCAGUUACUAGUCCAACACUUUAACCACUAGGCUACCCGCCGCUAUCCCAUUAUGAUCAUUCUCAUUUGAAAAAUAUGAAUAGGGAGCAUAACUUUAUUUUAUUGAUUGCUCUCAACUAACCAGAUGAAGAAGAAGAUCACACAAAAAAUCCGUCCGGACAAAACGUACGUGAAUGGAAAUAAAUUGCAAUCCCACCUUUUCUUCAUCAACUUUUCCCACUUCAAAAUAAAAUCUUAUGUCAUUUGAAUCAUAAGUCUUUCUCUUUUCAAAACUAAGCUAAGUGCUGGUGCAGUUUCACCUGUUAGAGUUAGAGAAAGAUACAGAGAGAGAUUGUGUGUGUGUGUGUUAACUCCUUACACCCUCCAGGUCUAUGCAUUCCUGUGCACUAUAUGCUACUGUAGCUUACAGGCUCAGCGCACUAACAGAGGGGGAAAGUGCCAAUGUCAGGGCUUUCCAUUGACAGUAAAGUGCUUACAGGCAGCACGGGGGGGCAGAUGGGGGUUCUGGUUGUUGCGAUGGCCCAGGGGGCUUUGGUCCAGAACAACUCUGAUGACGCUGGUGUUUCUAUUGUCCACCGAGCCCUUGCGUUCAGCCUUUGCCAGGGUAUAAAAGCUAGGGUUCUGCGCUGAGAUGGCCAGCACGAUCCAGCCUACCCCACACGGCACAGCAAGCUGUACACGCAGAAUCUCCUGAUCCCUCACCAUGUCUCAGACCGCCAAGUCCGCCUCCAGCCAGGGCACUGAUGUCAAGGACAAGGGAGCCCCUGCCCCCGCUGCCACUAGCAAAGCCACUAAGACCGGAGAACCCAGCGUCGGAAACUUCCGAAUCAUGCUGUUCGACCAGGAGAACUUCCAGGGCAGAAUGAUGGAGAUCCAGAACGAGUGCAUGAACGUGUGUGAACGCGGCAUGGACAGAGUGCGCAGUAUCAUCGUUGAGUGCGGCCCCUUUGUUGCCUUUGAGCAGACUAACUUCCGUGGGGAGAUGUUUAUCCUGGAGAAGGGAGAGUACCCUCGCUGGGAUACCUGGAGCAACUCUUACCGUAGCGACUGCCUCAUGUCCCUCAGGCCCAUCCGCAUGGACAGCCUGGAGCACAAGAUCUGUCUGUUUGAGCUCUCCGACUUCAAGGGCAAUAAGAUGGAGAUCCAGGAGGAUGACGUGCCCACCCUCUGGGCGCACGGCUUCACCGACAGAGUGGGCAGCGUGAGGGUACCCGGUGGAGUGUGGGUGGGUUACCAGUACCCCGGAUACAGAGGCUACCAGUACCUAUUUGAGUGUGGUGACUACAGACACUACAACGAGUUCUGUGCCUUCCAGCCUCAGAUCCAGUCCAUGCGUCGCGUCAGGGACAUGCAGUUCCACCAGCGUGGUUGCUUCAACCUCACCUCCGCCAGCAAGUGAGCGACCUCUGGUGGAUGCACUUUGUAACUGCAGCCAUCCAGCCCUCCCUCGCUCGCUCAACCCGCGCAUCGGGCGCUUUUUAUUUCUCCAAUCCUAUUCCUUCUUUCCUUCCCUCCACCCACCUUCACCCUCCAUCCUAAAGGGAUGGAACGGCAGCAUCGUACCGACCGGAACAACCUAAAUGACUUUUUAUGAUGCCAAAUAAUAAACAUGUUUUGAAAAACUUGAA